AUGAGAUUUCGCACCUACCCGAUCGCUAUUGUAGGCGAUGUAGAAAAGAUGUACCGGCAGGUACUGGUUCAUACUGACAAUCGCCCUUUGCAGAGGAUUUUGUGGCGCACAAGUUCGGAGAAUCCAAUUUCGACAUUCGAGCUACAGACAGUGACAUACGGAACUUCCUGUGCCCCGUAUCUUGCCACGAAAACACUCCAACAAAUCGCUCAACAUAAUCGUUCAUCCUACCCUGAGUGCGCUGAGUCAAUCGAACACAAUUUUUACAUGGAUGAUUGGCUAGCAGGAGGGAACUCGGCAGCAGACGUCAUUCAGAAGCAGAAAAUCGUCACAAAAUUGCUCGCUGCAUCUGGAUUUGUGUUGAAAAAAUUUGCCUCGAACUCCCAAGAAGUGUUGGCCGAAAUUCCACCCGAAGAUCUAGUCGUUGCUCAACUCCAUGAUCUACAAGAUGAACAAACUGUCAGCACUCUCGGUUUAGUUUGGGACCCGAUGACAGAUUCGCUUCGAUUCAAAGUGCAGAUCUCUCUCCCUGCCGUCAACCUGACAAAACGCAAAGUGAUGUCUUAUAUUGCGCAAAUAUUCGAUCCGUUAGGACUGGUGGGUCCUACGAUUACUAUAGCCAAGCUGUUUAUGCAGCGCCUGUGGGCGCUCAAGAUAGACGACCAAAUUUGUGAAUGGGACACCCCGCUCCCAACCAAGCUCCAAGAUGAGUGGAAAGCAUUCCACAACACUCUGUUCCUGUUAAGUGAAGUUCGCAUUCCAAGAUUUGUUUCGCUUACUGAUGCCGUCAACAUCCAACUUCACUUCUUCGCCGACGCAUCUGAAGAUGCGUAUGGGUCGUGCUGCUAUGUUAGAGCUGAGUCCAACAACCAGGUGUUUGUUCAACUGCUGACCUCCAAGGCAAAGGUCACUCCGCUAUCUGCUCGGCAUUCCAUCGCCAGACUUGAACUGUGCGCCGCCCAAGUCUCAAGUCAACUGUACAAGAAGGUGAGAGCCGCCACCAAGCUCUCAGGUCCCGUAUUUUUCUGGUCGGACUCAACCACAGUCCUGCACUGGUUGCGUUCAUCACCGAGCCGGUGGAAGACAUUCGUGGCUAAUCGAGUGUCACAAAUUCAAUCAACGACCGACAUCGAAAGCUGGAGGCAUGUGGCGGGUGUCGACAAUCCCGCCGACGACAUUUCCCGGGGCUUGAAGCCCAACGACAUUCUGCAUUGCAAGCGGUGGUGGAACGGACCACCAUGGUUAUCCCUGGCCAUCGAAAAUUGGCCACAAUCAAAUUUUUCUACGAUCGAAUCAACUGCUGUGUCCGAGGAAGGGCGCAAGGUACCAAUCGUUGCCCUCACAGCCUUUGAAGUUAAUUUCUGCUCUGAUUUAUUUGGUUUAUUCGAGAACUACUCCAAACUGCGUCGUGUUACUGCCUUUUGUCUGCGAUACAUCCACUGUCUGCAGAAAAGGAUGGUUUUGCGUCGAUCCAACUCUCGAAAGUAUAAACCACUCGCAAUUAGGCACGUUCCCAUCGACUCUAUCGAACCUCUAACAACAACGGAACUAGAGUCAGCUGAAAUCAAGUUAUGUUCGUUAGCACAGAGUCAAGAUUUCGCAGAAGAGAUAGCAGAUCUCACCGGGGCUGAGCGUGUUUCACAAUCAUCACGGCUCAAGUGGCUCAGCCCAUUUCUCGACAAGGACGGCAUCCUACGUUUAUUUCCACCGAAAGCUACUGCAUGCAGGCCCUCAACUGCUGCUUGCAACAAUGCGCCAGAAGUUCUGGAUUCUGGGCGGUCGAAACUUAGUGAAAUCCGUUUACCACCAUUGUCACACUUGUUUCAAGAACAAGCCCACACUAGUCCAACAGAGCACAGCCGAUUUACCGACGUGUCGCGGGUUUCACCCACCCGCCCAUUUCUCGUAUCUGGCAUCGACUACUGCGGACCAUUUUUCGUCAAGUCCGAGGUUCGCACUCGUGGUCCAAGGAAGGUUUACGUGGCCAUCUUCAUCUGCUUCGCGACUCGAGCGGUCCACAUCGAGUUGGUGAGCGACCUGUCGACAUCAGCAUUCAUAUCAUCACUUCGCCGAUUUAUCGGCAAACGAGGAAAGGUCGCAGAGCUACAUUCGGACAACGCCACUGCCUUCAAGGGUGCACAAAACGCACUCAACCGAAUCUACCAAAGGUUGAAGGUAGAUGCCAAGGAACGAGAUGCACUAUUUAACUGGUGUGCAGAAAAUCAAAUCAAAUGGAAGUUCAUUCCUCCGAGAUCGCCACACUUCAGUGGCCUCUGGGAGGCCGCUGUGAAGUCGGCGAAAACACACAUGCUGAAGACGAUGGGAUCAGAUCCGCUGGCGUAUGAAGACAUGCUAACACUGCUGGCGCAAGUCGAAAUGUGCCUCAACUCACGCCCGCUGGUUCCAUUACCUGAAGAUCCCAACGAUUUGGAGGUCCUGACCCCAGGGCACUUUCUGAUUGGAGAAAGUUUCCAAUCUCUACCCGAAGGCGACUUGAAGGAGACUCCAGAUAAUCUUCUAAGUCACUGGGAGCUGACACAGAAGAAACACCAAACAAUCUGGUCCCGCUGGUAUCCGGAAUACCUGCAACAACUGCAGGCACGUGCAACCAAGGGUUGCAAGGCACCAGUCAACAUCGAAAUUGGUCGAAUCGUUAUCAUCAAGGAAGACAAUAUGGCACCCGCCAACUGGCCCCUCGGAAAGAUCGUGAAGCUGCAUCCGGGGAAGGACGGAGUUGUCCGUGUUGUGACAAUACGUACUGCCAACAAGGAGGUCACCCGCUGUGUCAACAAGAUAGCCCUCUUACCGUUGGCACCUGUUCGAGAAUCAUCCAAUCCAUCCAAGAAGUCCAGGUAG